UUGCCAAUUGCCACUGCUGCUUGUUUAUAUUUGUUUCGUUUUCUUCUUUCUUGUUAAAGCUUUUGUUUCAAGAAGAAAAAUUUCCCAACUUUAAGAAUAUGUCCUCCUCUUCCUGCUGUUGCUUCUCAGAUCUCCACCUUGGAUUAUAUCUUUCAUCACGGGUUAAUGAAGCUCAAUGAUUUUUCAUCAGGGAGCAGAACAAGCCCCGACGACGUUUGCAGGUUGAUAUCAACUAUUCUCAUAAAGGGGUUCUAUCCAAGAAACGUAAUCAGAUAUUUUCAGAAGUGAGUGAUUUCAUAUGAAUGUGUUGGGAUGUUGGAGCUUAAUUUGAGUAAGAUGGACAGGUCAGAUACAUCAGGCUUUGUUAGCAGUGGAGAUCAUGUGUUUGGAUUUUGUCUACUUUUUCAUUUAGUUACAUGGACCUGAGAACUGUAUGUGGUGAAAGAGUGAUUUGUUAUUUUGGUCUCAUAAAAGCGCAACUCUCAGCAAAUGGAUUUGAACAGGAAGAGCAUACUAUCUUCCCACGAUGGGGAGAUCACAAAAAAUGGCAACUAUGGUGACACCAUUCUAUGUUUGAAUAGCCCUGGCUUAAGUGGAAGCAACACAACCAGGUAUAGAUGUUCUCAAAGCAACUUCAGGGUUGACUCUUCCAGUGCGCCUGAUGACAGCUGCAGAUUAGUACUUGGAUUGGGCCCAACACCAAGUGAAUACUGCAAUGAUUAUUACAAUUUUCAGGUUACAAAAAAUAAAGGAUUGGCCACUGCAUUAUCUCAGGGAUUUGCAUCUGAGGGUGAUUCAAUCCUCCAACUUGGUCUCUCUGGAGGGACUGUGGAAGCUUCAACGGUGCUGGAUUGCGCAAUUUCAGGAGAGACUGAUGUUAAUAUGUCAUUUCUCCGAAACCAUGAUAAUCAACUCUCGAUUCCAGUUGUUGAUGAAGGUUCUACUUCAGCCAAGAAAUCAGGUGGUUAUAUGCCAUCACUUCUUUUUGCUCCGAGAAUGGACAGCACCAAGGUUUCUUUGCAGACCCGAGAACUCUUGGAGCUUGGGGCCAAAUCUCAGCUGAGGUAUGAACCUUCUUCUACAGAAGAGUACUCGGCAGGAACAAUCUCUGAGCAGGCAACUACAGAAACAUCUUCAGACUACCGAACUAGCAAUCCGAAGAAAUGCAAGUUUUUAGGCUGUAGAAAGGGAGCACGAGGGGCAUCUGGUCUUUGUAUUGGUCAUGGAGGCGGACAGAGAUGCCAGAAACCUGGGUGCAACAAGGGUGCUGAGAGCCGAACGGCAUACUGUAAGGCACAUGGUGGAGGGAAGAGGUGCCAGCACUUGGGAUGCACUAAAAGUGCUGAAGGGAAAACAGAUAACUGCAUAGCUCAUGGUGGUGGUAGACGAUGUGGCUAUUCUGGAGGAUGUACCAAGGCUGCACGAGGAAAGUCGGGGCUUUGCAUUAGACAUGGUGGGGGUAAAAGGUGUAAGGUGGAAGGCUGCACUCGUAGUGCUGAAGGACAGGCUGGUUUAUGUAUAUCUCAUGGUGGUGGCCGCCGUUGCCAGCAUGAGGGGUGUGCAAAGGGAGCCCAAGGGAGUACUAUGUAUUGCAAGGCACAUGGUGGUGGAAAGCGUUGCAUAUUUCAAGGUUGCACCAAGGGUGCUGAAGGAAGCACACCAUUAUGCAAGGGACAUGGUGGAGGAAAGCGUUGCCUUUUUGAUGGUGGUGGGAUUUGUCCUAAGAGUGUACAUGGAGGCACUAAUUUCUGUGUUGCUCAUGGUGGUGGAAAGAGGUGUUCUGUGUCAGGCUGCACGAAAAGUGCCCGUGGCCGUACUGAUUGUUGUGUCAGGCAUGGUGGAGGAAAGCGAUGUAAGUUUGACAACUGUGGAAAAAGUGCUCAAGGAAGCACAGACUUCUGCAAGGCUCAUGGUGGGGGAAAGAGAUGCACUUGGGGAGAGGGAGAAUGUGAGAAAUUUGCCAGAGGCAAGAGUGGUUUAUGUGCUGCUCAUAGCAGCCUGGUCCUGGAGAGGGAGAUGAGCAAGGGAGGUCUCAUUGGACCCGGACUUUUCCAUGGGCUUGUAUCUGCAUCUUCAACUGCAGGAAGCAGUUUUGAUUACACUCAUUCUUCUUCAGGAAUCAGUGUUAUCUCCGACAGCCUUGAUUCGCUAGAAAAUCCAGGAAAAAGGCAUCUCAUACCGUCGCAGGUGUUGGUUCCUCUAUCAAUGAAGUCCUCAUCAUCCUAUUCAAAUUUAUUGAGUUCUGAGAAGCCUGUGGUAGAGAGAAACGGGUAUGGAACUGGUGUUGGGAGCAGUGACGGGAGAAAGAGCUUCGACUUCAAAAUUCCAGAGGGGAGGGUCCAUGGAGGACCUCUCAUGUCACUAUUUGGUGGUAAUUUGAAAAAUGCUAUUGAUGGCAUCUGAUAAAUACUAGUUGAUGUCUUAGCAUGUAGAUUUUAUAGUAUUGGGACACACUUUGAUGAUGCAAUUGUGUAUAAUAUUUGCUCAAUGACUCGUACAUAGCUUCUGUACUUUACUGCAAUGCAAGGGUGAAUGGGUGAUUUGGAUUU